UAAACAGCGUCAGUGACGCGAUGUGUCAUUUCGUUGGAUAAAUUGGAAACCGAGCGUCGACAGAGCCUCACUGCUGUAACGGGGUAUAAUGUUGGAGAAUAACCCUUAGCCUGGGCGCUACUGAAAAAAAGAUUUUCCUCACGUUUAUUUGCACUGUCGCUCAUUUAAAAGACAAUUUAGAAUGGGGUUGUUUUCUCCGGCGGGAAGUACUUCCCUCGCUGUGGUGACUUUGUCGCUGUUCGCUUUCGUCCUCUGCUUUUCUCACGCCAGUGGUAACGAAGACUGUCUGUGGUACGUGGACAAAAAUGGCACCUGGCACAAUGGCUUUGACUGUCCUCUCAUCACAUUCUGCUGCGGCAACUGCCAACGGCGUUACUGCUGCCUGGACACUUUCAAGAUGAUCACCGAAAGGGAACAGAAGAGAUGUAUGCUUUUCCAGUUCAGCCCCACCACUUUAGCAGGCAUCGCUUCCUCCAUCCUCCUGUUUGUGGCCAUCAUUGCCACCAUGGUCUGCUGCUUCAUGUGCUCAUGCUGCUACCUUUACCAGAGGAGGCAGCAGAGAGGCAGAACACCGUACGAUGCCCAGCAAAUCCCCAUGGCCAGCUACCCCCUGGAGCCUAUGUAUGAUGCUUAUGGGAAACCUUUGGGACCUUCUGACUAUCCUCACCCAGGUUAUCCUAUGCAUGCCCAGUAUCCAGGAAUGCCCCCACAGUACCCAGCCAUGCAGCCUGGACCGUAUCCACUACAUCCAAUGGAUCCUUCAUACAGCCAAGCUCCUCCUCCAUAUUCUCCUCCGCAGUAUCCCGGUCAUUGAUGGGCUCCUUUGCUCUCACACACACUCACACACACACACACUCACACACAAAACCAACACCAUAGAUAGCACACAGAGUGUUCCAGCAACAGCAGCUGAAAGACACGUCUCUUUGAGAAGGCAGCGAAACUCUUCCAGACAAAGCCACACACUGACACUUCAGCUUGACUAACAAUGAUUAACGUGUGACAGAGAAGCAGACUGAGGCACUUUAAAGUUGUUUUUUGUUCGUUUGUUUUUGUCCUUGUUUGUUGUCAACGAUGUGUGACAUUUGUGCAGUAUAAAUCAGAAUCUAUUCUGAAAUCUGACGCCUGAGUUUCCCUGGGUGGGUCUUAUGGAGGGCAGCACACCCCAUCACCCCCACCCCUUUUCCAAAAAUAGGAGCUCUGGGAUUGGCAGUGUGUGUGUGUGCUAACUCUGAUCUUAAACUCACCCCAGUGUUGACUAAACACAAGACUUUAUUAGGAGCUGGAAGAGAUUUAAACAAUAACAGUGAAGUUUCCUUUUAUUGACUAACUAGAAACAAAAACACUUGAUUUAACUCACCUUUUGUACAGUUUGACUACUUAAUAUCUGGCUACGGUGACACUCCACGCCACUGAAGUUUGUGUUCUGUUAGGAAGUUCGUGCUAAUGUAAAAAAAAAAAAAACAAUAGAUGCAUGCCUGAUUAAAAAGGUUUGUGCUGAGUAUAAGCUGAUUCUGUUUUACAUUCUUACACUAUGUUACCUUUAGUCUCCGACUCGUUGCUCCAUGAUGUGAGCUGCACCUUCCUGUCAUGACAUCAGCAUGCUACCCAGUUAGUGUUGUGUUUUUUUCCAGACUGAACCAUCCACUCCUGGACUAAAAUAUUGUUUAUGAGCUUCAUAAAAAUGCAUUUUGUGUAAUCUUGGUUUUUUUUUACCAGGUACUAUUGUUGGUACUUGGUAUUGGUCUUGUGACAUAUAAAGUCAGGGUAGCUGCAUGUCAUGCUUCUUGGUUAAAAACAUAAUGUCCAGCCUAACACAGACUAAUGAGAGACUUAGAUUAACUAUGUAAAGAGAUAUUUUCUAAAUCUGCUCUUCUCCUAUAUUUAAUUUUUUUUUUUAUUUAAAAAAUAUUUAACAAGAAAUUUAAAGCACUGUAUUGUAAAACUUCAGGCAUCUUUUCAUUUGCUAUUUAUUACCAUGAAGGGCAACUUUAACUGUGAAUGAGUGCUCAGUUCUCAAACUUCUCUCGACUAAAAAGCCAAAAAAAAGUGACCGAUAUGUGUAUGUUUUUUUUGGACCACCUCCGAUUUAAAAAAAAAAAAGAAAAAAAAAAAAAUUCUGUUACUGCCAAGCCCAUUAAUUCACCUGGAUGUAGCAAUAUCUCAGAAAACUCAGAAAAUAAUAUUUGUUGUUCUGUUAAAUCUGUUACAUAAAAAAAGGAAAUGUAAGACACCUGGUAUUUUGAGAUUGUUGUAAACUUUUAAUCUGUUUAUUACAAAAGUAAAAGCAACAUAGAAAGAUUUUGUAUAUUGAGUGGGUCUAAUUUGUGGAGAGAACUUUUUUUUUCCUUUUGUAAAAAGAAAAGUGACCAUCACCUUUUGUCCCACAGUCAACACACUGCUAGUGCUAAUUGUCCACUUCAUUGUGCCGAUAUAAAAGUUUUAAUUGUGAGCAAGAGUGUAAUCUUUUGUCAGGUGUUUUUUUACAGGUAACAUAAGGUCACAUUUACUAAUAAAAUGUACAAAUACCCACUCUAAUACCCUUUGGAAUAUAGCAGGGACCUGUAACCUUCAGCACUAAAUUAGAUAUGAUCAAGAGCUGCACAGACAUUUCAAACUGUUGAAGUUAACAGUUUGGUACAUGAAGUUUGAAAUACUAGUAAUAUGACAAAUAACAUUUCAACAUUUCUACACUGCUAGUAGUAAUGUCACAGCUGCUCUUGAAAGUGGAUUGAAUUUGGUCCAUUGACAAAUGUCAUCCUACAUG